AAUUUCCGUAGCAACCGUUAAAACCAAGUGGGAAAACAAUGUGCAUAAUCAGGGUUGAUACAAAUUGUUUUUCCGUUUAAAUGGGUCGCUAGAGUGAUGAGCAAAGCGGUGACGAUGGGACCUUCACGGUUUCAACAGUGGUCUCACUACUUUUUACUUGUACUUCUAUUUACCUCUUUUGUACAAGUUACAGGCCAAUCACUGAGAAUCGUACCUGCAAGUAAGACUGCGUUACAAACAAAAGUUGCAGCAAAUUUUGCAUUUAACCCAAAACUAGAAGUAGAAAUCGUUGACGGAGGGGGAAGCAGAAUUACGUCUGGAGAAUAUUCUAACCUGACUGUGUCGGCUGUAUUAUCCAAUUCUUCAUUAUGUCUGUCCACGGAUUCAAGCUUUAUGUUAUCCCAAGGCUAUGGAGUAUUUCCUGGAUCUGUGUGUGAAGUAGUUGAUUAUGCAAUAUCCUUGUCAUUUCAAGCAAACUCAAGCUCAGGGGUUAUUUCAUCUGAUUCGACUAAUACCUUUCAAGUAACAGGAGAGAUACAUUUAGCCAUGUUUAAUCAAGAUCAUUAUUUUUGGAAUGGCCGCUUCGAACAAUUUAUUCGUGAUGCAAUACAGGAUGUUAAUGAAGGCUGGUUUCUACACCCAUUUAGGCAACCAUUUCCAGGCCGCACAGUAUCUUUAAAGACUUAUUAUAUGCCGGAAUUUACUUCUGCUGCUGCCAUAAAAUCCUACCAUGAAAUGAAAGAGUAUCAUGCUUCUAAUCCAGAAAAAAGAGCCCAUGCUGUAAUUGGAUUCAACAGUAACAACAUCGCAAAAAUCAUGCUUCCAUUAAUGGCAAUUGAAGAUCAAUCAGUGUUGUCAUUCAGAGGGGAUUCAUCGUCAGAAUUUUCAGACAAGUCAUUAUACCCAACUUUCAAUCGAAUCAUAUAUUCUGAUGAAAUUAUGGAAUAUGGUUUUCUACUUUAUCUAAAGGAGAGAAAUUGGUACAAAAUUCUUGUUAUAACCGGCUACGAUACUAAAUUUACUUCCAAGUUUUACACUUCAGCAAAAGAUUUAGGGAUUGAAAUAGUUAAAGAGUUUGUUGUACCUCCUGUCGCAGAUGCAAAUCUUGAGCCUGUUGAUAAUUUAAAACAAGUAUUUAAUGAUAUUAAAGUUUCUGGCAUAAAAGUGAUUGUAAACGUUGCAAGAGGGCACUCUGGAACAUAUUUGUACACAGAGGCCAUAAGACAUGGAGUUACAUGUAUAGAUGGAUAUCAAUGGGUUGGCUUCAAUAAUAUGAAUGAUUUUCCUGUUAAAAAUUUACCAGAUGGCUGUCAUACCAGUCUAGAUGCGCUGUGUAAUUUACGUUUUAAAGGCAUGACGUUUAACGAGCCAUUAUACCUUGUUGAUGGAUGGGGUACAAGAGAAUGGGAUUAUGUGUGGACCAGAAACUUUAGGCUGGAGGAGGAAGAUUCUCUUAGCCAGGCUCGAGAUAUGCCUUUCUUUGAUAUUGCUGGUAAAGGUGCUGAAUUUGGUCUAGCCCAGGAUGUUGUAGUGACAUAUGUUCUUGCUAUGGAGCGUAUGAUUGCUGAAAAAAGAACAAUAAGUGGUUCCUCUUUGGCAUUAGAAAUCAGACAGAAUACCAACUAUCAUGGCUUUACUAGUCAAGUUGCUUUGGAUAACUCAACUGGAGAUAGACUAAACUACCAUGUGAGAACUGGCAUUAUGUGGCCCAAUCUUCAAAAACAUGCUCUUGAAGUUGGCGUUGACAUUGAGGAGGGUUUUAUUGAACCAUGGAGUUGGGAAACUGUCAUUUCCGUGUCGACAAACACAAUUUAUAUGGUGAGCGACAUGCAAACAACGACAAUCAUUGAACGCAAAACUGAUGGUGGUAAAGAAGCUAGAACCAUUGCUUAUGAUUACAACGAUUUUGGUGUUUUAACUGGUUACAUCGAACUACCAGACAAAUACAAGAAUGUGAGAACUUUUAAGGCUUAUAAAGGCUGGUUCCAGUACGAAGAUCAACGACAGACAACAUUAAACUGGGAUUACUAUGCUGCACCCGUUCCUAUUGCAGAUGAGAUGGAAACAAAAACAGAACUGGUCCCUGCUUCAUAUUAUUGCUCAGAUGGAUGUGGCGGUAACAUUCUGGACCUGGGAAACAUUCACAUUUUUGAGAACGGUGUUUGUGUUAAGCAAGAUACUUGCCAGUGCUCAGUUUCACCAACUACUGGCUUAGAGGUCUGGUCUGGUCCACAAUGUGAGAUGGCUGUCUGUAGUGCUGGAUGUCAAAAGGGUGUUUGUGUUGCACCAGAUAACUGUACUUGCUUGGAUGGAUGGAGUGGUGUCGAUUGUUCAAGUGCUAUAUGUUCAAGUUGCACAUCAGGUGGUCAAUGUAUAUCACCAGAAACAUGUGUUUGCAACACUAACCGAUUUGGUCCAGGCUGUGCUGGCACGUGUACUUGUGUUAACGGAGAAUGUAAUGGAGGAUUGGCUGGUGAUGGGACAUGUACCACAUGUGACUCUGGUUAUAUCGGUGGAAACUGUGACAUCUCCUUGGUGGCUUUGAUUCUUCCUACUAUGACUGGUUUCAUAGUGCUGGUUGUUGGGUUGUACUUUUUAGUGAAAUAUUUUAUUAACAGAGCGAAACUAAAGGCUGCAUUGUACAAUAAUGAUUGGAUGGUCAACUGGAAUGAUUUGAAACGACAUGAUGAAGCUACUGGGCGAAGUAGCAUGUUCUUGUCUGCUAUGUCAAUGAAUAACACAAAUCGUGAAAGGAAGCAAAUUAACACAGGCUCAUGGGAAGGAAUGGACGUACAUUACCAGAAAUUAACUAAAGAUUCUCUAAAUGUGACUGAUUCAAUUCGACUUGAAGUGAAGAAAAUGAGAGACAUGAGACACAUCAACAUUGCAAUGUUUGUUGGAUGUUGUGUGGACGCACCCAAUAUUUGUAUUUUAACAGAACUGCAACCCAAAGGGAGUCUCGAUGACAUUCUGACAAAUGAAGACAUCAAAUUGCCUUGGAAUUUCAGAUUUGCCAUACUGAAGGGUGUCUGCGCUGGUUUAGAUUAUCUUCAUAAAAGUGAAAUUAAAUCCCAUGGUCGAUUGAAAUCAACGAACUGCUUGAUUGAUAACAGAUGGACAGUGAAACUUACUGGAUUUGGCUUACAUGAACUCAAAUCAGGCCAGACCGAUGUUGGUGUUUUCGACCCUCAUUCAAACAAAGACAUUGAUCCUACCAAAGCGAACUAUGGCUCACUAUUAUGGACGGCUCCUGAAAUUUUAAGAACUGGUGUAUACCACAUUGAUCACGUGGGACGCGGUACUGUUGAAGGAGAUAUAUACAGUUUGGGUUUGAUUAUAAGCGAGAUGUGCACAAGAGAUUUUCCCUUUGCUGACGUCAUGCUUGAGAAAGAAGAAAUUGUGGCUUUGAUUUGUGGAAGCAAAGAGGAAUCCAUUAUCAGGGUAUGGAACGACUACAUUGCUAAGUUGAAUGUCGAACAAGGAGGAUGGGUGCGGCCUUGUAUCAAGGAUAAAGAAUGGCCUAGCAAGUACGAGAAAAGAAAGGCUUUAAAGAAGUUGAUGGAGUCGAGCUGGCAUGAAGACCCUGUCCACCGUCCUACUUUGCACGAGAUAAAGAAAGAACUUGAACGUAUUGAACCACAGCGGGGUGAACUGAUGGACCAUCUUGUCACCAUGCUGGAGAAGUAUUCAGGCAACUUGGAAGACAUUGUCGCUAAAAGAACAAAACAACUGCAGAAGGAAAAACAGAAGACAGAAGACUUGGUGUCUCGUUUACUUCCCAAGUCUGUUGCAGAAGAAUUGAAACAAGGCCGACGUGUAGCUCCUGAAAACUUCGAAUCAGUUACAAUUUAUUUCAGUGACAUCGUUGGAUUUACAUCAAUUGCCAAAGCCAGCACGCCAUUACAAGUGGUUGCAUUAUUGAAUGAUAUGUACACUUCGUUUGAUUCCAUCGCUGCUAACUAUGAUGUUUAUAAGGUUGAAACGAUUGGUGAUGCUUACAUGAUUGUGUCUGGUUUACCAACAAGAAACGGAGAUAAGCAUGCAGGAGAAAUUUGUACGACAGCUUUGGAUCUGAUGAGCGCUAUUGGAGACUUUGAAAUCGCACAUAUGAAAGACACCAAGUUAAGACUGCGAGCAGGCGUUCAUACUGGUAAUGUGGUGGCUGGAGUUGUGGGAUUGAAGAUGCCUCGUUAUUGUUUAUUUGGUGACAGUGUAAACGUGGCUUCCAAGAUGGAAUCUGGUGGAAAACCCUUGCGUGUCCACAUUAGUCAACAAACCUACACCAUCUUGUCAAGAUUGGGUGGUUACAAAUGCGAGUACAGACACGAAGUGGAAGUGAAAGGUUUAGGAAUCAUUAAAACAUACUGGCUAAACGGAAAAGAUGGCUACACCAAACCUCUUCCAGAGCCUAGUGAAGAAGAUUAAAGCAAGUUUUUUCUUUUUGUGUUAUUUUUUAAUAUAAUUGUAUAUAUUUUAAAUUGUUUCUUUAAUUUAUUUAAAUUGUUAAUAAAUAUUUAUUUAAUCA